CAGACGGGAAGUAGACUCUACAAGCUAAAUUACUUUAAAUAUAACUCGUGAUGAACAUUUUAUUUAAUACAUUUGAUAAGAAUUCUCAAUAUGUAUAGAGACAGUAUGGACAUAACCAUGAUUAUAUUCAUUUUUUACCUUGGAUUGUCCAAUUCAAAGUUUUGUGAAAGAUCCGGAGUUCUGGAAUGCUGUCUUGGAUAUAUUUGGAACAAGAUAGAGAACAGAUGUAUUCCAUGUGGCAAAGGCUAUAUUGGUCAAAACUGUGGUAAUCCUUGCCCUUCUCCGUAUUAUGGUCAGGAAUGUAUGUCAAUGUGCAACUGUGCUGAUAUCCAGUAUUGUAACCACGUUCAUGGAUGUAUAAAACCACAAGGAGAUGCCUGUCAAAAUCCAAUGCUAAAGCCAGAGGAACACAUGAAUACCACGUCUCUUAUGUGGACUGUUAUAGUUUGUCUGUUUGUCAUAUCUAUAACUUUUUUCAGUACAUACUUGUACCUCAAACUCAGAAAGAAACCAAACGUAAUUGUGUCAGAGACUUUGUAAAGCUAAUACAUUGGUUUUUUUUACAGUUAUGAUUAAUGGUGUAUUUUCCAUUAAUUUUAUCUUAAUAUAUUUGCAAAUAAAAGCAAUAAUUGUGGUCAAAGAAAAAGGAAACAUCUCAGGUUUUAAAUACCAUCAACAUACGUUUUCCGCAUUAUUUGACAACAAGUUUUCCGCUAUUGUUUUAUUGGGAAACGAACAUUUCCUCCUUUCUAUUAAAGUUAAGAGAGUAUGUUUGUUAUUUCAGUGAUAUAUCUUGACAUUCGUAUACCUCUCCUUGUACCCAUUACAAUUUUGGAGGGGUGGUGGUUUAAAACAAAUUAUAUUUGUAUAAUUAUAAAAUUCGUUUUUCCAACGGUGUUCUGACUGAAAAACAUUAAAUGCAUGCUUGCUCAAGAACCAUUUUUAUCUAGGAUGUGUAUAAUUACAUGUAUAUUAACAAAAUUCUUUCUUAUUGAUAAUGACAAGCCAUCGUUUAAAUGAUCGGACUGUAAAAAAGCUAUUGAUUUCUUGAAUUUAGUGUGCUGUGUAUCA